AUGGUACAACUGCAGGAUUAUACAGGACGAAUUCAUACCAGUGCACAGCGCAAACUGCAGUAUGGGCAUUUGGCGAACUUUCUUGGUGACAAGGCAUCAAAAAAACUGACAGAAGAAAGCAAAGUGAUAACUGUGGAUGGCAACAUAUGUUCUGGGAAGGGCAGGGUUGCAAAAACAAUAGCAGAGCGUCUAGGCCUGAAGCACUUUCCUGAAGCAGGGAUCCAUUACGCAGCCAGCGUCACAGGAGACGGAAAACCCCUGGAUGAGGAGCUCACUGGCAGCUGUAGUUUGGAGAAGUUUUACGAUAACCCACAAAGCAAUGAUGGCAACAGCUACCGCCUGCAGUCCUGGCUGUACACCAAUCGCCUCCUGCAGUACGCAGAUGCCCUGGAGCACCUACUGAGCACAGGACAAGGUGUAGUCUUGGAGCGUUCCAUCUACAGUGACUUUGUCUUCCUGGAGGCGAUGUACAAACAGGGCUACAUCCGGAAGCAGUGUGUGGACCACUACAAUGAGGUGAAGAAACUCACCAUCUCCGAGUACUUGCCUCCCCACGUGGUGGUCUACAUCGACAUGCCUGUGCCGGAGAUCCAGCAGCGGAUCCAGAAGAAGGGUGACCGACACGAAAUGAAGGUCACCUCUGCCUAUCUCCAGGACAUUGAGGACGCCUACAAGAGGACCUUCCUCCCUGAGAUGAGUGAGAAAUGUGAGGUUUUGGUGUACAGUGCAAAGGAAAGUGAAGAUGUAGACAAGGUGGUGGAGGACAUUGAGUACCUCAGUUUGGACAAAGGACCUUGGCUGAAGCAGGAGGACCCCAGCCUCCAUAACCUGCGGAUGCGGGUUCAGGAUAAGUGGCAAGUGCUGAAUUACACAAGUAUCCCUGUCUAUCUCUCAGAAAUCACAAUUGGAGCUCACCAGAGUGACCGGCUCUACCGCAAAUUCAGAGAGCUGCCAGGUCGCAUGUAUGCCCCUGGGUACAAUGCCGACGUGGGUGACAAGUGGAUCUGGCUGAAGUGAGUGGCGCCCUCCACGCAAGCUGUGUCACGGCGAUGAAGACUGCCGGGUCUGUGGAUGCCACAGGACUUUACAGCCAUGGGAGCGUAGAUCAGAAAUCACAGUGGAAGAAAUGGCCUAGCAAAAUGGACUUCCCCUAGUAAAUAAAAUGGCAGGAAAUGACUGCCGUUUAAAAGGUU